AACUAACUCCAUAACGGCAUAAACUACUUUCCCAAAGGAGAAAGCUUUGCACACAACUUCUAUAAAAAGCCCUCCAAAAGUUCUCCCCCGCUCUCUCUUUCCCCUCGAAUCAAAUUUUUCUCACAAGUCGCAACUGCAAAAUUCAUGCACACUGCAAGAAUUCUUCACUCCUCUGCUUUUCUCCUACUCACCUAUUCCUCGCAAGCAGCUGUUUUUCAUCACAGUAGCCCGCCAAACUCGAGUCGAGCAGUGUCUUUUUCUCAGCAGUCAUGGAUCCGUUAAUUUUUCCAGUUAAGGAAGAGUAUCAGAGUGGGUCGUCUUCGUGGCAGCAGCCAAGUGGGGUGGCGCCGCCGCCGUCGGAGAAUGGGGUGGGGCGGCCGCAGCCGAUGGAAGGGCUUCAUGACAUGGGCCCCCCACCAUUUCUGACCAAGACUUAUGAGAUGGUGGAUGAUUUCAGCACGGAUCGUAUUGUGUCGUGGAACAGAGGAGGGCACAGCUUUGUUGUGUGGGAUCCCCAUGCCUUCUCCACCACUGUUCUGUCCAGAUACUUUAAGCAUAACAAUUUCUCAAGCUUUGUCAGGCAGCUCAAUACUUAUGGCUUUAGAAAGAUCGAUCCCGACAAAUGGGAGUUUGCGAAUGAUUCAUUUCUGAGAGGCCAAAAGCAUCUCCUGAGGAAUAUUAAGAGGAGAAAAGCAACUACACAGCCUUCGCCUCCACCGCAUGCCAUUGGCCCGUGUGUUGAACUGGGACGGUUUGGCUUGGAUGCAGAAAUUGAUAGCUUGAGGCGCGAUAAGCGUGUGCUGACAAUGGAGCUCAUUAAGCUCAGGCAGCAGCAGCAGAACACUAGAGAUUAUCUGCAGCAAAUGGAGUUGAAAUUACAAGGGACAGAGAGGAAGCAGCAGCAGAUGAUGAGUUUCUUGGCUAGAGCAAUGCAGAAUCCUGAGUUUAUCCAUCAACUAGUCCAGCACAAGGAGAAGAGGAAAGAACUGGAAGAGGCCAUGAGUAAGAAGAGGCGAAGGCCGAUCGAGGCCGGUGAAUCGAGCCGAAUGAAUGACGUCAAGGUUGAGCCAUCGGAGUUCGGUGAUCGUUAUGGAUUCCAAGUGUCGGAACUUGAGGCGCUAGCCUUAGAAAUGCAGGGGUUUGGGAGGGCGAGACGGGAGCAGGAGGAGAUAGAGGAGGAGGUCGUCGGGUUGGAGAGUUACGAUAAAGAGCUUGAUCAGGGGUUCUGGGAAGAGUUGCUGAAUGAGGGACUUGAUGAAGUCGGCAUAGGUAAGACUGAAGAAGAAGGUGUAGAGGAAGAUGUGAGGGUGUUGGCUGAUAGGUUGGGGUUCUUGGGUUCACGUACUAAGUAAAUAGAAGAAGUUCCUAACUGUUGUGUCUUAGUUGCUAGCAAUCAUCAGUCUCAAUAGAUUCAAACAACUUGAGGAGUUGAAUCAGAAUUUUGCAGGCUGAAUCUCCCCUUCCUAAUAACGCUUUUGUUGAAUUCUUGAUUUCUUUAUAGUUGCUGAAAGUGUUGUUCAGAUGUUUGUCUUAGGCUCAUUUCUACUGUGGUUCUCUAGUCUUACAUUGAUAGUCAUAAUCUUUGUAACACUAUGAAGUAACUGUAGCCUAUGUACUGUAAAUUGAUCUUUGUUCUUGCUGUUUUAUCUGGAGGAUUUUGCCAGGAGGUGAAAUAAAAUCUCAGUUCACCUUA